AACUUCUUUUCUAAAGGUAAACACCUAUAUAUACAAUGACAGUAUCACCAAACGCUGCCGAGCAAGCUUAUCUUGACUUGUGUUUCAAGAUCAUUAACGAAGGAGAACAUCGUCCUGACAGAACCGGUACCGGUACUAAAUCUCUUUUUGCUCCACCACAAUUACGUUUUGACUUAUCUAAUGAUACUUUCCCGCUUUUAACCACCAAGAGAGUUUUCUCCAAGGGUAUCAUACAUGAACUUUUGUGGUUCAUUUCCGGUUCUACUGAUGCCAAAUUAUUAAGUGAAAAGGGUGUUAAGAUCUGGGAAGGAAACGGAUCGCGUGAAUUUUUGGAUAAAUUAGGAUUGACUCAUCGUCGUGAAGGUGACUUGGGACCUGUUUAUGGGUUCCAAUGGAGACAUUUUGGAGCUGAAUACCAGGAUUGUGAUACUGAUUAUACUGGUCAAGGAUUUGACCAACUUCAAGAUGUUAUCAAGAAAUUGAAGACCAAUCCUUAUGACAGAAGAAUCAUUAUGUCUGCCUGGAAUCCACCUGAUUUCAAGAAGAUGGCACUUCCACCAUGUCAUGUUUUCUGUCAAUUCUACGUGAACUUCCCUGAAAACAACGAUGGUUCAGCUAAACCAAAAUUAUCCUGUUUGUUAUACCAAAGAUCUUGUGACAUGGGGUUGGGUGUCCCUUUCAACAUUGCUUCAUAUGCCUUAUUGACCAAAAUGAUUGCUCAUAUAGUGGAUAUGGACUGUGGUGAAUUCAUUCAUACCUUGGGUGAUGCUCAUGUCUAUUUGGAUCACAUCGAAGCUUUACAAGAACAAUUUACUCGAACUCCAAGAGAUUUCCCUAAAUUGGUCAUUAAGGAAGAAAGAAAGAGUGAAAUCAAAUCUAUCGAUGAUUUUAAGUUCGAAGAUUUCGAAAUAAUUGGAUACAAUCCACACCCUUCAAUCAAGAUGAAUAUGAGUGUAUAAGGCAAUAGCAAGUUACUAUUUCUUUAUUUCUCUGUGUACUAUAUAUCUAUACAACUUUCCUUUAUUUAGCUCCUAAUGCGAUUCUUUACGUUAAUUUUGUCAUAUACGGGUGUUUCCUUCUUAUCUUCCGGUUCAAAAUCAUAAACUGACAAAUCAUAGUCAGUAGUAUCUUUCACCUUGCUGGACCCCCCUUUGUGAACAUUUGUAUUUACUGUAGCUAAUGGUUUUCUCUUCUUUCUUUCAACUUCUGGCGUUUCUGACUUGCGCUUAGAUGAGGCCAGGCCUGAACUACUUCCACGACUUGAGGGUUUCUGUGUAUAGUUAAUUAAUACAUCUGGCCCCACGGCAUCCAACAUUGCGACUGAUUCUCUUCUCAUUUUAUCCCUCAUUGAUAAAGGCUUGUAAUCGAUUGGUUUUCUAACCCGGAAGGAUCUUCUAGUUGAGCAUUCUUCUUCUUGUUUCACCUCUACAAGUGGUUCGGAAUCUUCUUUUGGGGGUUUCUUCCUGGUGGUCUUUGCUACUUUCUUUUCAUUAGGUGUUUCCUCGUUGUGUUUGGGUUCUUGUUGUUUCAGGUCCUCCUGGAUCUUUUCCUUCGUUGUCUUGGUUUUCUUUGACUUCCUUUUCCCUUUGAGACAAGUCACUUCAGUCUGAGAAGGGGUUUUAUAUUCAUGUUUUUCCUUAGGAGAUUCAUAGAUCUCGAUUUCAGUCGUCUUCAGACUUGACUCGAUGGGUGUUUUGAUUAUAGCUACCUUUGAAGGCUCCAAUUGCUUCUCUUUCUCGUUUGGUAAUAUAUGUU